GUUUCCUUUCUCUGAUUAUGUUGUGCUGGGUUAGUUUUAUCUGCAAUGGCUGCUUCAUCUUCUCUUUUCUCCUGCUCAAUGCAUAGGGAGGUGCAUGCUCUGAAGAUAUCAAAAUGCCCUAGAGAUUUUGUCUGCUGUGAUAGCAAAAUCCCCUAUAUGGAACCUGGUUAUUUAAAAUCAAUAUGCUGUCCUAAUUCAAGAAUUUUAAGCAUGAAUAAGUCAUCAAAAUGGGAACAGAUGAGAAAAAUCCGGCAAAGAGAUGGAAUCCAUUGCCGUGCUUUGGAAACUGAACGUGCACCUUCCUUUUCAGUUGGGCAGAAAUUUCAACUUGAUGAUGUUAUUGAAGCUCAACAGUUUGAUAGAGAUAUUCUGAAAGCCAUUUUUGAAGUUGCAAGGGAUAUGGAGAACGUUGAAAAGAAUUCUCCUGAUAGCCAGCUUUUAAAGGGUUAUCUUAUGGCUACCCUAUUUUAUGAGCCCUCUACUAGAACUAGACUUUCAUUUGAGUCUGCCAUGAGAAGACUAGGUGGAGAGGUUUUAACAACUGAAAAUGCUAGAGAAUUUUCAUCUGCAGCUAAAGGAGAGACACUUGAAGAUACAAUAAGAACAGUUGAGGGUUAUUCUGAUAUAGUUGUGAUGCGACACUUUGAAAGUGGUGCGGCCAGAAGAGCUGCAGCUAUAGCUGGCAUUCCAAUAAUCAAUGCAGGGGAUGGUCCUGGACAACAUCCAACCCAGGCACUUUUAGAUGUGUAUACCAUCGAUAGAGAGAUUGGAAAGCUUGAUGGUAUAAAAGUUGGGCUUGUGGGAGACCUUGCUAAUGGGAGGACAGUUCGUUCAUUGGCAUACUUGCUUGCUAAGUACAAGGAUGUGAAGAUUUAUUUUGUCUCUCCAAAUGUGGUUAAAAUGAAGGCUGAUAUAAAAGACUAUUUGACAUCAAAGGGAGUGGAUUGGGAAGAAAGUGCUGAUUUAGUGGAAGUGGCCUCCGAGUGUGAUGUGGUUUAUCAAACUCGCAUUCAAAAAGAAAGAUUUGGGGACAAAAUUGACCUUUAUGAAGAGGCUAGAGGCAAGUAUAUUGUGAAUCAGGAUAUUCUCAAGGUGAUGCAGAGACAUGCAGUGGUUAUGCAUCCUCUUCCAAGACUUGAUGAAAUCACAGUGGAUGUUGAUGCUGAUCCAAGGGCUGCUUAUUUCAGGCAAGCCAAAUAUGGUCUAUACAUUCGGAUGGCUCUUUUGAAACUAUUGCUUGUUGGGUGGUAAAACCUGCAUUCUUCUUCAAAAAUGUAUGGAAGAUGCUGAACAUCAUUUGCUUUUUGUUGUCAAUUGUCAUGUCCUUUAUUUUGGAUUUUCUCCUUUUGUUUUUCGUUAUUCUUUCUAAUCUUAUAA